AUAUAGAAACGCAGCGUGUUUCACAUGAAGGUGGAGAGCACAGCCUGUAGUUCAAGACGUACCAACAUUCUGGACAAGAAUGGAGAAUAUAUCAAACAAGGUCACCAUCAGCAAUGCAGCAGACAUCAGUGUCAUUGUUGGAUAUUUUGUCAUGGUUCUUGGUGUUGGUUUUUGGUCCAUGUUUCGGACCAACCGUGGGACCGUGGGAGGGUAUUUCCUGGCGGGGCGCUCCAUGUCCUGGUGGCCGGUUGGAGCGUCUCUGUUUGCCAGUAACAUCGGCAGCGGACACUUUGUCGGGUUAGCAGGAACUGGAGCAGCCAGUGGUAUAGCUGUGGGGGGGUUCGAAUGGAACGCUCUUUUCACCGUUCUGCUUCUGGGUUGGCUUUUCGUACCAGUCUACCUAACAGCCGGGGUGAUCACAAUGCCAGAGUACCUGAAGAAGAGGUUUGGUGGGACCAGAAUCAGCCUGUACCUGUCUGUCGUUUCCCUGUUGCUGUACAUUUUCACCAAGAUCUCUGUGGACAUGUUUUCAGGAGCUGUCUUCAUCCAGCAGGCCUUAGGGUGGAACAUCUACCUAUCUGUCAUCGCCCUCCUGAUAAUUACAGCUGUGUAUACUGUCACAGGCGGUCUGGCAGCUCUGAUGUACACAGAUACGGUCCAGACGUUUGUCAUCAUCGCCGGUGCUUUUGCCCUCACUGGAUUCUCUUUUGCUGAAAUUGGAGGCUACAGUGCUCUCCUGGCCAAAUACGGCUCUGCUGUGCCCCAUAACUACACUUCUUUGGACCCCCAGCGCUACAACAUUUCCUCUCAGUGCUACACCCCAAGACAGGAUGCCUUUACUCUGCUGAGGAACCCCACAACCGGAGACCUACCCUGGCCUGGAGUGCUCUUUGGGAUUUCAGUAUCAGGGAUCUGGUACUGGUGCUCUGACCAGGUAAUUGUGCAGCGGUGCCUUGCAGCUCGUAGUCUCACUCAUGUGAAGGCAGGCUGCAUCUUGUGUGGCUACCUGAAGCUGCUCCCCAUGUUCCUCAUGGUGUUCCCCGGGAUGAUCAGCAGAAUCCUGUACCCAGAUGAGGUUGGUUGUGUGGUGCCAGAGGACUGUAAGAGGAUCUGUGAGACAGAGGUGGGCUGCUCCAACAUCGCCUAUCCUAAACUGGUGGUGUCUGUCAUGCCCAGCGGUUUGCGAGGCCUGAUGCUAGCGGUGAUGCUGGCUGCUCUCAUGUCUUCUCUGGCUUCCAUUUUUAAUAGCAGCAGCACUCUGUUCACCAUGGACAUCUGGACUCGCAUCAGGCCGCAGGCUUUCGAGCGUGAGCUUAUCAUUGUGGGCAGAGUCUGGGUUUUGUGCAUAGUGGCCAUCAGUAUCUGCUGGAUUCCCGUGGUCCAGGCAGCCCAGAGCGGUCAACUGUUUGACUACAUCCAGUCAGUCUCUAGUUAUCUGUCCCCCCCCAUUGCGGCCAUCUUUUUGCUGGCUGUUUUUGUGAAGAGGGUCAAUGAGACGGGUGCUUUCUGGGGUCUGAUCGGCGGUCUGGCGAUGGGUCUGUGCCGAAUGUUACCAGAGUUCUGGUUUGGCACCGGCAGCUGCGUCUUCCCUUCUGACUGUCCAUUCCUGUUGUGUGGGAUCCACUACCUACACUUUGCCAUCAUCCUCUUCCUUUGUACAUCAGUGCUGGUGCUUAUUGUCAGCAUCUGCUCUGAGCCCAUACAUGACAGGCAUCUCUACCGGCUGGUGUUCAGUCUGAGACAUUCCAAAGAGGACAGGGAAGAUCUGGACUGGGAACAACAGGAACAUGGAAGGAGAGCCAAGGAGACAGAAAGACAGAACAAUGCUGCUGCAGUGAUUGAAGAGCGAAAAAAGUCUGUUAUCAAUCGGAUGGUCGCCAGUCUCUGUAAUAUGGGUGGAAACUCUGAGGAACCAGAGGAACUGGAAAAUCAGGAGCAGCAGAUGCCUGACAUCAGUGAAGACCCGGUGUGGAAGUACACGGUGGAUGCUAAUGCUCUCAUUAUGAUGGCUGUGGCCGUUUUCAUGUGGGGAUACUUUGCUUGACCUGCAACCUUAAGGUCCUUAAAACAAGGUAGAAAUAAAUGAACAUGUAUCCAAUUCUGUAAUUCUGAACAGAAAAAAAAAUGGAGAUCAAGAAAAUCCAAUAGCUGUAAAUAAAGUGUUUACAAAGUCAA